UCCGUUUGACCAGAACUUGAGGAAGUGAAUUAUGUUAAUGAUCUGGUCUGGAGGAACCAGACGUCUUCUCAGAACCUUCAGCACAUUUGAGUCUGACAGGAAAGAUUAGAACAGUUUUCGAGCUGGUGUCUGACAAAACUAAAUUUAUUUAAAAAUUUGUCCUCACUGAUUGUCCCACAGCAGGAAAAUGCCUGAAGCUGAAGUUCUUUAUAAUAUUAAGUCCAAAAGACCGAGGGGAAACACAGAUGUGGCCCCACCCUCUACAGAUGAUCACACUUAUUGCAACAUCGAUAACUUAAAAGCUCAGCGACCUGGCUCCAAACAACCUGCAGCAUCAAACAGGCGAUCGGGGGGCACAUCGGAGAAAGUGGCCCUGCUGCUCCUCAGUGUUCUCUUGGCAGCUGCUGUCACAGCUCUUGGUGUAACCCUUCAUGAAAACACUCAAACCAAGAAGAGUCUCCAUAAACUUCAAGAGGAAGCAACAAAUCUCACAGGAAUCCUCAGUAAGAUAGAACCGUACAAAGUGGAGCAGCCAUGUAAACCUCCUUCAGUAAGAAAUGAAGCAUGUCCGAGGUGCAAUGACGGCUGGGAGCCACAUGGAGGACAGAGCUACUUCUUCUCCUCGGUUAAUUUAACCUGGAAUGAGAGUAGAACACAAUGCAAAUCAAUGGGAGGAGACCUGGUUGUGAUAAACAACAGAGAGGAGCAGAGAUUCCUGGAGUCUAGACUGAAAGUAAAAAUGGACUUUUAUGAGGACAGGUUCUGGAUCGGACUGACUGACUCACAGAACGAGAGUGAAUGGCUUUGGGUGGACGACACACGACUGAAUUCAAGUUGGCAGUCUUGGGUUUACCACGAGCCAGACAACUGGACAGAGGAGGAUCCUGAUGGAGAGAACUGUGUGAGGAUGGGGAAGGAAGACCUGGUGUCCUGGGCUGAUAAGUCCUGCAAAUCACCUCAAAAAAGUAUUUGUGAGAAACCACAAGCAUGGGCCUGAAAUCCAGUUGGAUCAGAUUGAGCUCGAGUCCUCAGCCACUUUCGCAAACUGAGGCAUGAAGCUUUAUUAAUGAAGAUCUUCUCCAGACAUAAACAACUUUGAAUAAUAUCUAGAGUCUCAUAUGUUCUUCAGUUUCCUUCUUAUUUUAAAGUGACGUCUACUCCUCCCUCAUAUAAAAUCUAUACAUAUUAAAAAUUAUAUAUAAUA